GAUCGUUUUCCUUUUGGGAGCAGAGUUGAGAAAGAAGAAAACCUUCAUAAAUGUCGACAGUGUACGUUUUGGAACCGCCGACGAAGGGGAAAGUCGUACUUAACACGACGUAUGGGCCAAUAGAUAUAGAACUAUGGCCAAAAGAAGCACCAAAAGCUGUAAGGAAUUUUGUUCAAUUGUGUCUCGAAGGUUACUAUGAUAAUACCAUUUUUCAUCGUGUUAUCAAAUCUUUCCUUGCUCAAGGUGGUGACCCUACCGGCACCGGCACUGGUGGUGAAAGUAUAUAUGGUGGUGUAUUUCCUGAUGAAUUUCACUCCCGUUUAAGAUUCAAACAUAGGGGUUUGGUGGCAUGUGCCGGUGCAGGCACACCAAAUUCAAAUGCAAGUCAAUUCUUUAUGACUUUGGAUCGUUGUGACUUUCUCGACAAGAAGCAUACAAUCUUUGGAAAAGUAACUGGGGAUUCAAUAUAUAAUCUUAUUACAUUGGGUGAAGUUGAAACCGGCAAGGAUGAUCGGCCUGUUGAUCCUCCACCUAAGAUACUAUCUGUAGAGGUAUUAUGGAACCCUUUUGAGGAUAUUGUCCCGAGAGCAAAUCCUGCAGAAGCCUUGCCUUCUGGAGUUGCAACUGAGAAGAAAGAUGCAAAACAGAAAGCUACCAAAAAGUUGAACUUGCUUUCAUUUGGAGAAGAAGCAGAAGAGGAGGAGAAAGAGCUUGUAGCUGUGAGUUCAAGGAUAAGAAGCAGUCACGAUGUCUUGGAUGAUCCCCGUCUGCUGAAGGAAGGAAAACAUGAUCAAGCUUUGGACUCAUCUGAAGGAAAAUCAACAAGGGAUGUGCAGUUGACCAUCAGAGAAGCUUUGGGAUCAAAGAAGGAAGCGUCUCGUAAAGAAUCAGAAGCGGGUUUUCAGGAAUCCCUUGACAACAGUGAUGAAGAUGAGGCUGGCUUUGAUUCACGAAUGCGUCAGCAGAUACUAAAAAGGAGGAAAGAACUUGGCGAUCCGCCACCCAAACAGAAGUUGCUCAGUGAGAAUGGGAAUGCAAGAAAUCGUUCACCAUCUCCUUCAAGGUGCAGUAGGUCUGAUGCUAAACAUGAUGAUGACCAGCCAAAAGUGGAUAAGUUGUCUCUAAAGAGAAAAGGUAUAGGCUCUGAAGCAAGAGCUGAACGUAUGGCCAAUGCAAAUACAGACUUACAGUUGUUGUCUGGCCCUGAACGAGAAAGACAGCUGCUAAAGCAAAAGAAACGAGGACGAAAAGGACACGAAGAAGACAUGCUAGCAAAAUUGGAGAAAUUUAAGGCUGGACUGUCUGCUAAAGCCAAUGAAUCUGCUAAUGCGGUCAAGGAGGAAGAAUUAUCUGAUUGGGCAGCAGUUACAUUAAAAUUCACUCCUGAACCUGGAAAGGACAAAAUGUCUCGUAGUGAGGACCCCAAUGAUUACGUGGUACACGAUCCUUUGUUGGAGAAAGGGAAAGAGAAGUUCAAUAAAAUGAUGGCAAAGCAAAAGCGACGAGAAAGAGAAUGGGCUGGCAAAUCUCUUACUUGAGCUGAUCUUCCAGCUGAAGAAACGAUGGAAUUGCUAUUUGUGUAGUUAUUCGGCAUUCAUAUUGAAAGAGGCAAUGAUGUUGGUUCCUCUCUUUGUGAAGCAAAGAGCUUUGUACUGGGCCAAACUAGUUUGCUGAAAGUAUGGCAUUUUGAUUAUCAAUAUCCUCUUCCCAAAGAAGUUACAGAAGUGCCAAAUCAAAAUGUUCUUCUGGUGUUGUUACUUUGCCUGUCCUGUGAUAUUUUUCUUUUAUUUAAAAUGGACAGGAAAUGUUGUACCAAUAUACUUUUGGUUUCAAUGGAAUGUGGAAAUGAAUACUUAACAAUGUAAAUAUUUAUUGUUCCCAUUAAAAGAGGUCCCAGUCUGUUCAUAUGGACUACAAAUAUGGCUU